GAUAACAGUUUCAUAAUUUUGUAUGAAAAUAAAACAGCACCAUCUGCUGAUCAAUAGCUCUGGUUCAAGGACUUUCUUUAUGUGGAUAAUUUUGAAUGAUUCGCUUUGAUGGAUUUAGGUUUACAAACAAAUGCAGAUGUUGCUAAAAUGAUUAGGUCUUAUUGAAAAUCAACCAUUAGAUCCAACGUAGAAAGCUAUGACCAGCUGGAGUGGGCUUGGUCUGAUGCAGUCCGAUGGUUAGGUUGUCAUCUGUAGAAUACUGUUUUGCCGGCUGUAGGAAUUAAAAGGUUCGGCCGAAGUGAAUUAAUCAAUAAAUAAAUUACUUUAUAAUAAUCCGUAAUCGGCGGCGUGUUGUGUGAAGAGUGAGGGGCCCAGUAAGGACAGAAUUAUGCCCUGACCACACUUGUAAGGACCCAUGGACGAUGGCCGUUGAAGACGGCUUUGGACCCAUCUAAUAUCUGGCAGCUGUCAAAACCAUCCAGGAAUUUAUGUCCUCUGGUAUCCUUGGCGACUGCUUAGUGCUUAGCAACCGAUACAACAACAUAGCAACAUAGAGGGCAGGUGUAGCCGUGGAGAUAGAGUCAUGGCAACAGCAGCUCGGUUCGCAGCAUCAGGAGGAGGCAGCAGCCCACCAACCCCAGCACCGGCCACUACACCCCCGGUGCAAGCCCAGGCCACCCAACUGAUUGUGCUGCCUGCCAGUCUACACCAGGGGACGAUCGUGAAUGCAAAUGGUGUCCCAGUGAUUGAUGUUUCUGCAUUGGAACAGGCUGCAGAUUCGAGCAACGAAAGUACAGCUACCGGUGAGAACCAGGUCGACGUUCACGAGUCCGACCCUUUGGCCCUCGAAGAAGACUCGCCGCACUUCAUCACAGUUACCGAAGCCACAGCUAGGUCUUACGCUUCACUAACACCUGUACAGCCUACAGUAG